AUGGACUGUAUUCGAACGGAAUUUCAGUCUCUUGAUGACAAAUCUCUCAUCGACAUAGAAGAAGAGCGACCUUAUAAAGAAGAAAUUAGCAAGAAAAAGAAUGAAUCUCUCACUGUCUCGAAAACAAACCAAAAUUAUGUGAACUUAGAAGAAAGCAAAUUACCUGAGCAAUCAGCAAGCUGUGACAAAAAACCAACAUCAAUUCCAGAGGAUGUCAGAUUGAAACUUCAGAAGGUUAUUGAAAAAUAUCCUAGUGGAAUGUAUGCUGCUGAUUUUCCAUUGCUUUAUGAAGAAGUUAACCAUGUUAAGUUUGAUCUUUAUGAUCUGGGAUACAUUAGUCUGGCAGAUUUUGUAGAUCAUGUUCCAGAUAUAUUGAAAAGGAAGCGUAUAGCUGGCAGUAAAACAGAUUGGCUAAUUUUCCCUGAAAAUUUGAAAAAAAAAACUAUUGUUAAAGAUAUUUUGUCAAAAGACAGUGAUCAGAGGAUUUUUUACAUUGAAAGAACUAUUUGGAAUAUUAGGAAAAUGUUAGCAGAUUAUCCAGAUGGCAUUACUUUGCAAGAUUUUCUUCAUGUGUAUAGUAUUAACAAUGAAGAGCCACUCUAUGUCAGAGAGCUUGGUUUUAGUGAUGUAGAAAGUUUCCUUUUAAGUGUAUAUGAGCGAGUCCCUUUGCGAGUUGAUACAAAUGGGCACUGCAAAACUCUUCAUUUGAUACCAGAUGGUGAUAUUUCGAGAAGGCAGCAUUUACUUGGAAUUGUUGGAGAUGAGCUCCUUUAUGUUGAUUAUGGAACCAAACAAGUGGUGUCAUCAGCAUUGUUAAGAUAUAUCCGGCAAGAGUUUGUGAAUUUGCCUGUUCAAGCACUUCAGUCUCGACUUGCUUUUAUUAAACCAAAGGAAAUGACCUGGCCUAUGCCUUAUGUCCAAAAGAAGCUUUUUAGUCUCUGCAAAGACAGGCAAUUAAUGGCAAAAAUAGUAGAGAGAAGG